AUGUCAGAAGCUGCUUUUCAUCUUACUGUGGUUACUUGUAUAUCCAAUAAAGUAUUUUACCCAAGUCAAAUUUUGAUUUUCUAUGAAACUGCCAAGUUCCAGAGAAAUGAUUAUUAUGGCAAGGAACCAGAAGACAACUAUCUAAAAUAUCUUCCAGGAUGUGGAGCAAGGCCUGCAGUGGUUAACGUACCAGCAGAGGCUCAGAUUGCAGGUGGACAUGUUGCUCAGCUUGGAGCAUGGCCGUGGCAAGUUAGUCUUCAGAUUUAUCAUGUUGCAUCAGGUCGAUAUCGCCAUAUAUGUGGUGGAUCUUUAAUUAAUAAGAACUCAGUGCUGACAGUAGCACACUGCAUUAAGAAAUGGAUGAACCCAGAAUACUGGAGAGCUGUGAUUGGUUUACAUCAUCUUUAUAAACCUCAUCCUCACACCAUAAGUCGUCGGGUGAAAAAUAUCAUUGUCCAUUCUGGUUUCAAGUGGGACAGCUAUGAAAAUGACAUUGCAAUGUUUAAACUUCUGAAGCUUGUUAAGUACAAUAAAUAUAUUCAGCCUAUCUGCUUACCUCACAUUUCUCAUGCAGUGACUGAUAAGAACCCAUGUUACAUAAGUGGAUGGGGAAAAAGAAAGAAAAAAGGCAAAACUGAAUUACAAGAAGCUCAAGUAAAUACUAUUCCACUACAUAUCUGUAAUAAAUAUGAAUUGUAUGAAGAAAGAUUAUCAAUUAAUAUGAUUUGUGCUGUCUCUCUAAAUAAUAGCUGUGAGGCAGACAGCGGUGGACCUUUGAUGUGCUAUUUCCCAAGUGUAUCCAAAUACUAUUUGAUAGGCAUCACCAGUUUUGCCAGUGGCUGUAAUCAACAUAAUUAUCCAGGACUCUAUAUUCGUACAAUUAGCUAUAGAAAAUGGAUAGAUUUACAUCUUCAUGAUGAAACUGCAACAGUGAACAUCCAAAGUAUCCUAGUUCUUUUAAUGAUGGAAUGGGUAACCUGGGCGCGAGGCGGGGCGCGCGGCGGUCGCCAUUUUCCUUUCUGGACCGGGCCGACAAUGCAGGGGCGGUUUUGCGCGCUGGUCUCUUCCUUAUUUCCGCUGCUUUUUCUGUUGAGUGAAGCCCCACCCAAAGCCUUGUCCUCUGUGAUUCCUACAACCGACUGCGGAACGAGGCCGGUCGUGGAUGAAAUAGCAACAGCGACGCGGAUUAUUGGUGGACAUGACGCCCAGCUUGGUGCGUGGCCGUGGCAAGUUAGUCUUCAGCUUUAUCGCUUUGGCCAAGGAUUUGUUCAUGUAUGUGGUGGAUCGUUAAUCAAUCACAACUCGGUGUUGACAGCAGCACACUGCAUUAAAGAAUGGACGGUUGCUUCGUUUUGGAGAGCUGUGGUUGGAAUGCACCACGUCUCUAGACAGCACGUCCAUACCAUAAAGAGCCGGGUCAGAGCUAUCAUUAUCCAUUCCACAUUUAACAAGGUUACCUUUGAGAAUGACAUUGCCUUGUUCAAACUGAUGGAGUCGAUCAGAUUCAAUGAGUAUAUCCAGCCCAUCUGUUUACCUGAUGCUCCUCUUGCUCUAAGUGAUGAGACACCAUGUUUUAUAAGUGGAUGGGGAUACACAACAGAAAAAGGUAGAGAGAGAGAUGUAUUACAAGAAGUACAAGUAGAUAUUAUUCCAGAAUCAAUCUGUAAUAAACACGACUGGUAUGCAGGGAUGGUGAAAACAAAUAUGCUUUGCGCUGGGUCUGAAAACGGAGGAGUUGAUGCUUGUCAGGGAGACAGCGGUGGCCCUCUUGCAUGCUAUUUACCAGAUGCCACCAGGUACUAUCUGGUAGGGAUCGGCACUUUUGGCUUGGGUUGUGGCCGACCAAGGUUGCCAGGAGUCUAUGUACAAACAGCUUCUUAUAGAAGGUGGAUAAAUUCUCAAGCUAUUUUAUUUGACAAAGCCAUGACAAUGAAGAUUCCUUAUGUACUCCUUUUGAUUGCAGUGUGGGUAGUUUUUUGUAAUGUUUUAUGAAAAAAAGUCUCCCUCUAUUGGAUUGGGAUAUCUCAGGUUUUUUAACUUUUGUUUCCAUGUUUAGCAAUAUUUAUUACUUUUAACAGUUAAUAUAUGCAUUAAAAUAUUGCCCAUGCAAUACAGUUUACUGUGUUUGAACUUUAGAUUUGAUAUUUCUUCAUUGACAACUGUAGUUUUGAGAAAUGUUAAUUUUUCAGGUAUUGUUUUUUUCUCAUACAUAACAUUGGACUUAAUAUUAUAAAACAUGACCUUAACAAUUGCUCCCUCUACUGGUUCCCUUAUGGUAAAGUAAACACAUUAUAUUUUUAAUCUAUCUAGAGAUACAGAAUUUUUAAAAAACUAUUUGUUUACCUUUCCUCCCUGCAGUGUAGCAGCGUCUCUGCCUGAGCUACUUGAAUCCAUGGCCAGGUUGGUGGUGGAGUUCCCCAGGCUUAUGUCCUGGGGGAUUUCAGCCUGCCUUCUUUGGGCCCAGCGUCAGAGGUGACCCAGGAAUUCAUGGCCAAUGUGGGCCUGGUCCAACUUAUUCAGGCCCAACUCAUAGGGGUGGUCACACAUAAGAUCAGGGCAGUUGCAGAAUGAUCUUGAGCUGGGAGAUAUUAAUACCAGUCCCUUGCCAUGGUUAAAUCAUGCCCCUUUGGCCCUGGAGUUCUCUGUGACUGCCUCAGACAGUUGGGGCCUAUUCAACUGGCCCACCCCAGGCAACUGAUGGAGCCCAAUGCUGUUUCAGAGGAAAUUUGAGUAUUUUCCUGUGGUUCUGGUGCAUGGUUCAGCUGAGGCUCUGGUCACAGCUUGAAAUGAGCUCAGUUAUCUGGGAAGAGUUUGAACUGGUUGAUCCUAAGGAAGUUGACAGAGUCCUUGCUGCUGUGAGCUCUGCCACUUGUGUUGUGGACCCAUGUCUCUCCUGGUUAGCCAAGGCCUCCUAGGAGGUGGCAUGUAGUUGGGUCCAAGCAGUGGUGAUUCAUUGAAGGAGGGGGUGGUCUUGCUUGCCUUGAAAGAGGUGGUGGUAUGGGUUUCAUCUGGUCUCCAACCUUCUUUUUUUUAGGAAUGUUUGUUGAGAAGGUAUUAGGCCCACUCUGGAUAAUUUUCAGUCAGGGUUCAGGCCAAGUUACACUACUGACAUGACAUUGGUCACGUUUUGGUAGUUACCUGGUAUUUCCUCCUUUUUGUCCUCAUGUCCUCCACCCAGCAGGCAAAGCCUUAAAUCAAAUAGUCAGUUUUUUUAGAUUCUUGGUUUUUUAAAAAAUUAUUUUGGACUG